UCUGAUAUUUCCGAAUUUUGUUGAAGAAAGACAGACGUGGAGCCAAGGCCAAUGCCUGAAGAAGUGUUUGACAACCUCAACUCUCUUUCUAUCUGAUAUUGGCCAGCUAAGUCUCGGACAGCAUUGCUAAACUCAAGGCCGGAGACGAUCACAAAUACCAAAAACAGUGCCCAUUUCUAUAUAAAUUUAACUUCCUCUAUAUCCUACCUUCUUUUCCUUUCAUCCCUUUACUCCAAUCCAAAGCUUCAUCAGGAAAAACAGAGCAACGAAUCAGCAUUCGGACCCGGAUCCGACAUUGUCGGACCCAUCCGCUCCCAUGCAUUGAUUCUCUCUCUCUGGUUUCUGGGUUUGGCUCUGUUUGUUGUUUCAGAGAGAGGGAGUCUUAAUCAUCAAUCUAGAUACAAGGCUGUUGGAUUACGUUUUGAACACAAUUGUGUCUGAGGGACUUGCCUGAUUUAGAAGCUGCAAAUGGGUGGUUGUGUUUCAACUCCAUCUAAAUCACAGAAAAAAAGUCGUAGGGGCAUUAAACGCCGUGGGAAGGUAAAUGGCACUAAGAAGAGGAAUAGUGAUGGAGGAGCUCGAGUAGCAGACUAUUCUGUCAGCGAGUAUGUACAUAUGGGGUUUGAGAAUGGUGCAACAGCUACUUGCACAAGGUCUAAGGUUUCUAAUUCGAAAUUCCAUCUCACCGAGCUGCAAUGGCACCACACUCCAUCUAAUAAUGCAAAUGCAAUUUGCCAAGAUGAAUCUUGGUUUGACUCUGUUAGUAUUCUGGAAUCUGAAUCAGACGACGACUAUGUUAGUCUACAUGGAGAUAGUUUUCCUAUUGCGGGCAAUGCAACUGGGAAUAUCCCUGGUGGUCAAGUACUUCAGUAUGAAAGAUCUGCAUGCUUUGUUGAUAAUGGGUGCAAAUAUGAAGAAUACCAGAGCUAUACAAAAAUAGAUGGAGGCAAAGUCAUGGGCAAAGAUGAACAUAGGGAUUCAAAUCGGUUUCCCCAUACUAGUGUCCAGGGCGUAGACAGGAAGCAGUUGCUAGACCAAUCUCGUGGAAGCUUUAAAGGACUGAGGGAGGAUCGGCGUAAUUCUAAUGAGAAAUCGGGAUUGGCUCGCUUGAUACAUUCUCUAAGUUUCAAUGAUAAGAAUUUACACGCACAAACAAAUUCUCAAAGAAAACCAUCAUCAGUUUUCAGACUUUCUUUCAAAAGGAGGUCCUGUGAUGCAGAAGAAACCAAUGAACAAUGUCAAUCAAAAAGGUUUCUGAGUCGGCCUAGAGCAGGACUUGUCAUUCCUUGUUGUAAAGGAGAGAAGGUGACUCCAGGAUGUUGGUCUGAGAUUCCACCCUCCAAUUUCAAACUCCGUGGGGAGAACUAUUUCAAAGAUAAACGAAAGGUACCGGCUGCGAACUACAGUCCAUAUACUCCAUUAGGCAUUGAUCUAUUUGUCUGCCCCCAAAAGAUACAUCACAUAGCUCAAUAUCUUGAGCUUCCAAAAGUAAACGCAGAUGUAAAAGUUCCUGCACUCCUCAUUGUAAAUAUACAGUUGCCAACUUAUCCAGCUGCCAUGUUCCUUGGUGAUAGUGAUGGCGAGGGAAUGAGUCUUGUACUGUAUUUUAAAGUUUCAGACAAUUUUGAUAGAGACAUCUCUCCCCAAUUCCAGGAAAGCAUCAAUAAAAUGGUUGAAGAUGAAACAGAAAAGGUCAAAGGCUUUGCAAAGGAUUCAACUGUACCUUUUAGAGAAAGGUUAAAGAUCGUGGCUGGAGUGGUUAACCCUGAUGAACUCAACUUGAGUUCUGCUGAGAAGAAGCUUUUACAUGCAUAUAAUGAUAAACCAGUACUUUCACGCCCCCAGCACCAAUUUUAUAGGGGUCCUAAUUAUUUUGAGAUUGAUCUGGACAUUCAUCGCUUCAGCUACAUAUCGAGGAAGGGACUUGAAUCUUUUAGAGAACGUCUGCAGAAUGGAAUACUAGAUAUGGGUUUAACUAUCCAGGCACAAAAACAGGAAGAGUUGCCUGAGCAAGUGCUGUGCUGUAUGAGACUGAACAAGAUUGAUUUUGUUGAUCAUGGUCAAAUACCAAGUCUAAUCACUAAUGAUGAAUGACAUAGAUGAUUAGAUGCAAGACUUGGAAUUUAGAGAUGGAAGAUACUCCUGAAUGUUGUGACCAAGCCGUCCUUCUGUACACCCAGGAAGGUUUUCCUUUGUGACUACUACCUCCCAGCAGCUUUGUAAGUACUACCUUCAUAAGCUGCUUAGGAGUGAGGCCGAGGGAGUUAGGACUAGGUAUUUGUUCACAUGUAUGUAAUUGCAAGUUUGC